CUCAAACAGUCAGCACAUUUUGCAACACAAAAGCUAGAGAAUAGAAUUUUAAAUGGCAUCAACAGAAACUGAAGACGAUGUCUGCCUCUCAUUACCUGAAAUUCUAGAUCAAAUUGAGAAGCAAUUUAAUAAUGAGAAGGAAUUGGACAUGAAGCUUGUGAUGACAUUCUUUGAUGAGCUCAAAAAGUAUCAGAAUGGACAAGCUGCAAUUAAAGAAUAUCGCUGGUUAUUUGGUCUAGGUGAGGAAAGUAUUCAUAUGGUCGAUUCCAAGGAAUGUCGUAAAGUCUACUUGGUGAAUUUUAAGACAUGCUCAAAAUAUCUUCAGACAUUUUUAUUAAACGCAAUUAAAUUUGAGUGAAAAUCGAAAAAUUGUCGCAAAAUAAUUUUUUUUUUGAAAAAUCCACAAAGUGACCUGACGAGAAAAAAGUUGGAACAAGAAGAUAAAAAAAAUUGUAUUUCGAGAGAAAAAAAAUGUGUGUAAAAAUAACAAAUUUCUUUAAGUUAGUUAUUGUAAUGGUACGAAAAGACAAUAAAAUGACAAUGAUUUGAGCGAAAC